AUGGCCCUUCCAAGUAUGAGUGUUUCCGAAUUUGACGCUUUGAUAGAGCAGUGCACCAAUGAAAAGAUACCUAACGGUGAGAUAGACCUAUCGGCAGCUUUGGAGUUAUCAGACAUGAUAAGAUCGAGAAGACUUCCUCCGAAGGACGCUAUGAGAUGUUUGAAAAAGAGGGUGCUACAGACCAGGAAUAACCAAAAUUUGCAGUUCUCCGUCUGGCGACUAGUAGAAGUUUGCAUGAAGAAUGGUGGAGUUCCCUUUUUGAAAGAGGUUUGCUCACGAGAGUUUAUGGACUGCCUCGAGCAAGUAAUAUUGGCUGAAUCUACAGACUACGAAUUAGAACAGUUUUGUAGUAGAUUAGUGGGGGAAUUAUAUCUGGCUUUCAAAAAUGACUCGCAAUUAAGCUAUGUAGUUAAGGUAUACCAGAAAUUAGUAUCCAGAGGUAUUGACAUGGAGAAUUUGAAACCGACAGAAAAUUUAAAUGCUAUGUUUGAUGCGAAAACUCCUGCGGAUUGGAUUGAUUCCGAUGCAUGCAUGAUUUGCUCCACACAAUUUACUUUACUCAACAGGAAACAUCAUUGUAGAUCAUGUGGUGGUGUCUUCUGCCAACUUCAUUCAUCAAAGUUCAUUCCAUUGCCUGACUUGGGUAUUUUCGAGCCAGUGCGUGUUUGUGAUAACUGUUUUGAAGACUACGAUUUGAAACGUAAAUCAAGCAAAGGGAAGAAAUCGAAAGGCAAGAAGAGAUUUACACGUUCUGAGGAUGACGAUGAGGAUCUCAGAAGAGCUAUCGAACUUUCUUUGAAGGAGAAUGGUAGAGAUGCAGAUACUUUCAUUCCGGAUACUGCUAAAUUAGAACCACUAAAAAAAGAUCCUGAUGAAGAGGAUCCUGAUUUGAAGGCUGCAAUCGAGGCGAGCUUGAGAGAACAUCAGCAAGAGGAGAUGAGAAGGAAAUCACAGGCGAAGAAUAUGUAUAAUACUUCUUCGCCGUCAGUAGCACCUCCUAUUGAAAACAACUACGAUUUAUCCAGUAAUGAAGAAGAAGAUAUUCACCUUUUCGCUUCCUUAGUGGAGAGGAUGAAAACGCAGCCACCAACCGCCGUCCUAGAAGAUACACAGCUCCAGCAACUUUAUCAAAAGGUACUAGGUGUAAGACCAAAGCUAAACUAUGCGCUCAGUGAUACCGUUUCCAAAUACAAUACUGUCUAUGAAAUGAACAGUAAGAUAUCCGAUAUCAUGAAUAUGUACGACUCUAUGCUAGAAAUGCAAUUAAGGAACAUCAGCCUUUCACAACAAUAUGCCAUUCCAGAAUCAGGUAGGAAUUCGUACGGAUACCAUCAGAAUAUGCCUCAAUAUGACCAGCCCAAUAGCCCGCAAAUAAUAGCUCAACCCCAAAUUCAUUCGCCGCAACAAAAUGAGAGAACAAUACUCAACUAUGCAUCUCCAGUAUCACAGCAUUUAUCCAAUGGCGCUACCACUAACACAUAUCAGCAAGGAAGUGCAUUACAAAAUCAGCAACCAGCUGCUCCUGAACCACAACCGGUUUCAUUCGAAAAACCAUCGACAACAUCGCAACUCGAGGGUCUCAUUCUAGAGGAACCAAGCGAGCCACCUUAUCCAGAUGAAAAUACUACUAUAGAAAAUCCAAAAAUAGAACAAGCGUCCGAGAGACCUUAUCCGGAUGAUCAUCUAAAACAAGAGAAUAUUACGUCGUUCGAUUUCCCAACGGUGCCUCUGAGAAAACUUUCUAUACAUGGUUCUGAGCAAGAAGUUAAAGAAGAACCCGUUCAGCAAGAGCAAUUACUAAUUGAGCUGUAA